CAUUUUCCAUAAGUGUUGCUGCAUCAUAAAUUAGCUGAGAGUUCCAUAUUGAGACAAUUGAGACAAUGGUGCGAUUCAUAUUACUGCGCAGCAGUGAUAUCGUCUCUUCGAUCUUCGCUUUGUAUACGUCGCGAGGAGUUGUUUCACGAUCUAUGCAUCGAAGUUUUCCAAUGUCGUUCGUCCCAAUAA